AUGAGCUCUGCUGAUUGUUUGGUUGUGGGCCACCGCGGAUUCAAGAGCAAGUUCACAGAAAACACGUUACAUGGCUUCCAGAAGUGCUUUGACACCGGCGCUACCAUUUUCGAAACCGACGUCUGGACCACCAAGGAUGAGGUCUUGGUCAUCUCACAUGACGUGAAUACAAAACGUGUUUUCUGCGACGAAAAUGGCAACGAGACCGACUACAACAUCUUAGAGACCAAUUUCGAGCAGCUCAAACCACUACGCACGAUCGGGUCGGGCGAGCCGUUGUUGACUUUUCAGGAUGUGCUCCGGUGGUUUUGUCAGGUCGUGAAGGAGACUGCAAAUCCCAACCACAAGAUCAUGUUGGAUUUGAAAAACGCCAACCCGCCAAAACUCGUCAGGCUUCUUUUCGAAGAUAUGUUGGCCGUUCACGCCGACUUGGAGUGGUGGUUUCCUCGCAUCCAAAUCGGCGUGUGGAACUUGCGUUUUGUGAAGUUUUUGAACCAGGAUGACUAUUUCCAGCGCUUGUUUCGUGGAACAAAUGCGUAUCUUGGGUACACGUGUUUCCAUAUCUACCAUAUUUCGCUUAGCUGGCAAAGUUCGUUGACCUUCUUAGCAUACAAUGAGUACUUGGACACACUAGGAAAAGACCGAAUAAAGUUCAAGAUUGCAGGCGUGUCGCUAAUUUACGUGAGCACAUGGUCCCGGGAGUUUCUCGAAGACUUCAUGCCAGCUGUCAAGAAGCAAAAUUUGAACUUAUACACGUGGACAGUAAAUCGCGUGAGCCAGCUUCGCUACUUUUGUGCCAUUGGAAAAGUAUGGAAGCUCAAGGAGUAUGGUGUCAUCACAGAUUACCCAGAUCAAAUAGUGGAUGCACUUGCUGGCGAAAGGUGGAAAAACGCUGAAAAGCAGUUGCUGAUGGAAUCCUGGCCUUCAGGAGAGCAACAGAACGUGGUGAUUCCGCGGAGCUUUAUGUUGUUUGCGUGGAUAGCCAAGAUCAUGACGUACUUCUUUCAUCCAGCCCAGCUCUCUGUCAACCAGCUGUUUGAGUCCCCUGUGCUUCCUCAUGAAAAGCUUUAUGUCAGGCCGAAGUUGGGUAAUAGGAUUUUUGCAUUUUUGCAGGCUUGGGGCGUUUUCUGA